UUCUGGAAAAUUGUCAUGUCAGGCACCUUAAUAAAGAAAACCCAACAAAAUUUACUAAAAACGGGCAAGCGAAUCUUGAGAAUAACUGUCCGCAGUUUGAGACAAGUCGGAAUACUGGAAUCUCGGCGCUCGGGGUAUAAAGUACAUCCAUUGAAAGUAAAAAGCCCAUAUAAAAGGCGAAAACGAAAUGCAGAAAAUCAGUUCGAGUUUCACGACCAUCCACACAAGAUCAUCAAAUCAACUAAACAACUCACAAUGGCGUUUAAGUUUGUUGCUGUCCUCGCUUUUGUUGCCGUAGUCAACGCUGGACUCCUUCCAGCUGCCCAACUUUACCACGGAGCUGCUCCAGUUUUGGCCAAAGCCGUCGAUGAAUAUGAUCCACAUCCACAAUACAACUUUGCCUACGAUGUCCAAGAUGCUUUGACUGGAGACUCAAAGAGCCAGAGUGAAUCCCGCGACGGAGACGUUGUCCGUGGUCAAUAUUCCUUGAUCGAUGCUGAUGGACAUCAAAGAAUUGUUGACUACACUGCUGAUCCAGUUAAUGGUUUCAACGCUGUUGUACAACGCAACCCUCUCGGAGGUGCCGUGGUUGCCAAGGCUGUUGCUCCAGUAGCUACUUAUGCUGCUGCCCCAGUUCUGGCUAAAGCCGUAGCUCCAGCCCUUGCUUAUCCCGCAGGACAUGCUAUCGUUAAGACCUCAUUUGCCUCGCCAAUUGUUUCAUAUGCUCAUUAAUUUAUUAAAAUGUACAAUAUUAGGUCGUAAAGGAAACAAAUUAUUUUGAUAAUAAAAACAAAGCCACAUAAAAA